GGGACAUUUCAGGUUCUGGUUGAAAAAAAUGACUCCAGUCAGAAUUGAUAGGUGAAAUAGCCUUUUUACUGAAGAGUAGAAAAUCUGGAUUAUCCUGGGAUAUGGAAAACUUUGAAGUGAGCUUCAGGUUCGCCGAGCCUUCAGGUAAUUUGGCAGUGGGGGCAGGCAACAAUGUCAUUCGAAUACCUCCCUCAAGCUUGACAGCACUUGCUGGUAUUGCUGCUAUUGCAGUUCCUACAGCUAUUAUUGGAGCUACGACGGCAGGGUUGUUUGUUCCUGCAUUUUUGGCAGCAGGUACUGAGGAGGAGGAUAAAGUUGAUGCACGUUAUAUUUUACCCCGACAGCCACCUACCUACGGCUAUGGGAUUAGAUACACUUCUGGUUAUCGAACCCCAAUAACAGUAGAUAGAUAUAAAAUGUCAAACCUAGGUUAUGCUCCAAGACCAGGAAUAAAAUCUAAUACAGCAAACUAUAAAGAGUUAGUGGACCCUUAUAAAGAAAUAGAAGAUACCUACAAUGCCCAAUCACCUAGCUAUGAACGUCCAAUGAAUGCUGCUGUUUAUUUAAAUAAUUAUAAACAAAAAAAACAUCAGUCCCUUCCUUUAUACAUAUCGUUUCCUCAUUCCAAAGACUUUUACCCUGAUAACUUUAGCCUUAAACAAAACUCUGAUCAAAAAGAUUCAGCUCCUACUAUUUUCAUAGAUGGUUAUAUUAACAGUGCAGGCCCUCACCCUCAAAAUGGAUUUGGAAAUAAUGAGGACACUGGCUUUCAAGGUGAAGGUUAUGGGGAUAGUAAAGCCACAGGCUCGCAAGGUGAAGGCUACCAUGACACUGCAGCUUUUGGUUAUCUUUCAGAUAAUUAUCUUACUUCUGAACAUUCUAAUUCACAAGCAGAUAUCACUUAUAAUAGAGAAUCUUCUGGCUACCAAACAGAUAAGUACUUUGAAGCCGAACCCUCUGGUAACCAAGCAGGGAUCUAUUCCGAUAUAACACCUUCCAGUUAUACAUCAAAUACCUAUUCUGAUACAGCAUCCUUGGGCUACCAAGCAGAUGAUUACUCUGAAGCAGCAUCCUCAGGCAUCCAAACAGCCAUCUAUUCUGAUGUAACCCCUUCUGGCUAUCAAGAAGGUGUCUAUUCUGAUACAACUUUGACUGGCUCCCAAUCAGAUGACUACUUUGAAUCAGUACCCACUGGUAACCAAGCAACCAUCUAUUCUGAUAUAACACCUUCUGGUCAUCAAGAAGAUGCCUAUUCUGAUGCAGCAUCCUCUGGUUAUCUAGCAGAUGACUACUUUGAAGUACCCUCUGGCAAUGAAACAGACCAAGCCGAUGUCUCCCCUGAUUUAACCUCUGACUACCAAGGAGACAACUACUUUGAAACAGCAUACUCUGGGAACAAAGCGGAUACCUUUUCUGAUAUAAUGUCACCUGAGUAUCAAGAAGAUAACUACUUUAAAGCAAUACUGUCUGGCAACCAAGGAGACAACUAUUCUGAUAAAAUGUCUCCUGGCUACAACAACUACUUUGAAGCAGUACCAUCUGGUAACAGAGUUGAUAGUUAUUCAGACUUAACUGGACCACCUGGCUACCAAGUGGACAACUAUGCUUCUGACCAUACUAAUAUCAAAGGCAAAUUCUUCCAGUCUGGUAAUACUUUUAACAGCUUGGCAGAUAUUUAUCAAAGAACUGGAUAUCCAGAGGACCUAGAAAAAGGUGCCAGUAGGAACAGCUACAGUAACCCCCCUAAAAACUGGUUUUAUUCAGAUACAGAUGCAGACAAUGAUAUGUACAAUAAUGAUAAUACUUAUAAAGGUUUUCAUAUUUGGAAUCCUUUUUCCAUUUAUUUUGAUCAUGAGCAUGAACGUGCAUUUCCCUAAUUUUGUACUCAAAUAUUAAGCAUAGCUGGUUAUAGGCAGUUUUUUAAAGGAUUUGCUUUGAAUCUCAUUUUAACAAUGUAUCCAAAGUAUCUUUUUGGGUAAUUUUGGUGUGCUUUUUCCUCAGGUUUUGUAAUAAUGUUUUGUGGGUAUUUUGUUAAUUAAGUAAAGACUAUGUUAGUUAAAAUCUUUAAAAAUCAAU